AUCUUUACUUCCUGUGCUCAUUAGAUCAACCUGAUUCAGGUGUUUUCUUUCUUAGCUGAGUCACCAUAAAUCAGAAGGUUUUGGGUUUUUCACAGGGGAUCUUAUUCUAAAGCAGACGUAUUUAAUGUUGAAGCAGAAACCAGAACCUUCAGCAGAAUAAGAGUGAUGUCUCAGUUUGUGACGUGUUAGUUUUAUCCUUUGGGAGUAGGACCAUCCUACGAGACUUUUAUAGUUUUAUCUGAUCAGAGCAGCAGGUUUUUGUCUGAAACGCUUUGUAGUCAUGAAAGAGGAGAUCGCUGCUGCUGUGUUCUUCAUGACCCGGCUGGUGAAGAGGUACGGAGGUCUGGACAACGACAGCAGGGACCGGUUCGCUGCUGCUCUUACCUCAGUUCUGUUUGAGAGCUACAAGAACCACUGGCACCCAAACACACCUUCAAAGGGGCAGGCUUACAGGUGCCUUCGUGUGAACCGGAUCCAGCUGCUGGACCCGGUUCUGCAGCAGGCCUGUGAGCAGAGUGCGGUGCGGUAUGAUGAUCUAGGUCUUCCUCAGGAGAUCACGGUGUGGGUGGAUCCUGGAGAGGUGUCCUGCAGAUAUGGAGAGCAGAGUGCCCCAUUCUGCGUCUUGGCUGUGGGUAGCUGCCGUCGAGAUGGGGAGUUUUCCCGCCGUAUCCAUGACGCUGUGGAGCGUGCGAGCCUUGCCGUCCAAUCAGGAAGCUCCUCGGACGAAGAGGAGGGAGUCGCAGAGAUGACGAGCAGGACCCAUCAGAUCUCGUCAGCACAGGGCCCUGCUCAGGUUCCCCCAGUGGGUCUGGAGCCCAAAACCAUCCCGACUGUCAGCAACCCUAACAGUGUUUACCGGUUCAGUGAGUUUUCUCCCGGCGCUCCUCAGACCUGGCUGAGGGACAAGAGGAAGGCCUUCCUCGCGGAGUCCUUCCAGUCCGGACCUCCGCCACCUCCAUUCUCCACCCAGAAGGGUUUUAAGUCCUACAGGGCCGUGUUCACCUUCACAGGCCCUCGUGUUGACAAGUACCACUGGGUCAGCAAGACCCGGUCUUGAACAAAACCACUUCCUGCUUGAGAUGGAGCCCAGAGAACUUUAGAGGUUAUUAUAGUUGAAACAGAAUUUUACCGUUUCAGCAUCUUUUAAUCAAACUUAUUUUAACUUAUUUCUAAAUGUUUUAACCAAAAAUAAACAAUGUGAAUAAAGUCAGACUGAACUUUCAUUGAAAUCAA